AUGCGAAAAAAGUAUGCGCAGAAUUUGAAGCAUGAGCAGAAGUACAGAACAGCAAGAAGGUGGCAGAUCCAAUCCGGAUCGACGCGGAGAGGGGAGGGCGACGGGGCACGGGCGCAGCUGGCGGCGCGCGGCGAGGGGCGGGCGACGGCGCAGCGGCACGGUGGCGCACCGGCGGCGAGCUUGUCCUCCGACGCCUUCUCACCAGUAAUAAGAUGCCUUGUGAUUGAACCAUUUCCUGAAUUUGCCCUCAAUGAACAAGCUGGAAAGAUGCUACUUGAAAACUACUCCAGCCUUGGUAUGAGGAGUAUGCACGGCAUGCAAGGCUAUACACUGGUAUCGAUGCACUCAAGCCUAAGAACAAGUCCAAGGAGCUAUUUCUGAGUCAACCACAGCUCUAAAUGUGGGCCGGUCCAAUAUUGUUCUCGGUGAGAACACACCUUUGGCAUCACCAGCGAUAUCUACCUCUGCUGUGGCAAAAGCAUUAGGUAAAAACUCACAUAAUCAGAAUGCUGCUAUGUCUGAUCCUGUUGUAGGAGCAUUCACUGCACCCAAGAAGGACGCGCCACAUGCUGCUAAAGUUCAAGUUGAUAAGAAGAAACUGGAUGCAAGGAAGAAGAGUUUGAAGAGAUUGUAGUCGAAUGAUCCUGGGAGGCUCGGGUGCUUAGUGGUAGAUACAAUAGUGAUAUCUUCAUUAUGCUAGAUUCAACAUAUGCCCUGGUAGAACUGAAAAGGAAAGUGAAGAAGACGAACAGCGGGAGAGGCAUCUCAUGUUUGGUGGUCUGUGCUAUCUGUUGGGACAAGCUGUAUGUGCAUCUCAUGCCAGUUUUUUUAUUGAUGGCUUGUUUGUCUCCUGUUAAAUUGACUGAUGUAUGGUAGAUAGAUAGAUUUGGGAAACAGUUGAAAAAAGAAGUGAUUUCGUAAAAAAAA